UCGGGCUACUUUUGGUUUCGUUUCUCGGUUUAUGUAUUUUCUAAAGCAAAGAUACAACUGUUACCUGCACAAGUGACAGACCUUCACAUAAGGCAGUCUCUUCGGCCUGCUGUUUGCUGUCCGGAUAAACAUACUAGAAGCUCAGUGGCUGACAAGUGUAGAAUUGCAACUUAAAGGCAGGAUGAGUAAUAACAAUGCAGGACGGCCCGACAGACAGCAUGACGAGUUGAAUAACAGUGAAGACCAAAGAAGUCUAUCAUUUGGUGAUGUGAAUGACAACGGAGACAGAGUACCCACCCUUGAAGCAGUGAAGCUAAAAUGCGCAGAGACAAAUGCUGAAUUUCAAGAGCAAAGCAGGAGGUUAAGGCAGGAGGUCAAUGAGAUCAGGGAGGACCAGACACAAAUGAGAGGGCAACUAGAGAACCGUAUAGCACAGCUCCAGGAACAAGUCAAUAACAAGAAUCAUGAGCUGCAGGAUGCACAAGCAAAAAUCUGUAUGCUUCAACAUACCAAGUCUGAGAAUGAAAAUUCUAUAACCGCGGCAAAAGCUACAGUACGAAGCCUUGAAGAAGAAAAGGUGAAAUGGAAAAAGGAGAAAGAUGAAUAUGGAGAGCAAGUCAAGUCAUUCAAGCAGGAAGCCGAUACACUCAAACUGGAAAUACAAAACCUUAAAGACACAACCUUACGACAGAGGGAUGAAAUACAGGAAAACAGCAAGCAAAGAUUUACUUUCGUAAAGGAAAUUCAAGGUAUGUAG